CACGGGACUAGACGGAAGGUAGAAAGAACAGGGAGGCCAUCUUGGAUUUCCAGUAAACUGUUUGUGUGAUCCCGGCGUCAGAAAUGGAUCCCCGGCGCAGUGCUCAGGAAGUCCUACUGUGUGACCUCUGUGAAACUGUCCCCCUACAGAUUCACUGUGGAGUUUGUAAUAUAAAUCUAUGCAAAGCCUGUGUUGGGGAGCACCUCUCCGAUUCCUCUAAACAACACAAUAUCAUGCCCUAUUUGCAAAGAAAGUCUACUCCUAACUACCCGAAAUGUCCGCACCACGCCAAUGAAGACUGUAAACAUCACUGUGAGAAAUGUGAUAUUCCUGUCUGUAUUACCUGCAUCUCCUCCGGUAAACACAAAGGUCACGAAUUAGUAGAAUUUCUGGAGAAAGUCCGCGCUAAAACACAAAAUUUGCAAAAUGAUUUGGAGGAACUCGAGAUCAGAAUUUACCCGCGAUAUGAAGAAAUGGCGUCCAAUGUCCAAACUGAAAAAGCCAAAAUAGAAACGAAUUAUGGGAUAUUGACCACAGCUGCGGAACAAGAAGGUGAAAUCUUACACCGGGAGAUCACUGCCAUUGUCAACCAGCGGAAAUCAGACAUUCAGGAGAUGAAAAACAAACACUUAUCUACUCUGAAUAAAAAUACAGAUGAAAUCACACAGAAAAUUACUGAACUCAAACAGAUCAUUUCCGACUUGAAUUCAAUCCUAGAAUCAAACGACGUCUCCUUAACGUCUACUUACAAAUCUAGGAAUUCUGAAUUUAGAACAUUGCCGCCUAAAGUCCGAGUUACAUUACCAGGUUUUACUCCUCAGAAAAUAAACACAGGCCAGCUCCGGGAAAUGUUUGGUUCUUUGUCGCCAUUAUCCAUUAACAGAGAACAUGGCGACACAGUGAAGUCAGCAGAAGCUGUAUCGUCUCCUCCAUUCAAACCACUACUUGAUGACCCGCGCCUCACCGCCACCAUAGACACUGGAUAUGGAGAACUACGCAGUGUUAGAUGUCUAAGUGAAGAUCAAGUCUGGACACACGGGGCUGACAACACCAUGAAGCUCCUCGACCUCCAGAGUAAACUACUGACAUCAAUAAAAACCAAGUCAGGGAACGCACCACACGACAUAGAAGUGACGCGGGACGGAGAUCUUGUUUAUACUGACGAUAGUAAUAAAACUGUGAACCUUGUUAAGAAUAAACAGAUACAUACCGUUAUUACAUUACAAAAGGGAUGGGGACCCUUUAGACAGUCGUGGUUACCUCUUUCUGUCUGUUGUACCGCGUCUAAUGAGCUCCUGGUUGCAAUGACCAGUGAUGAUGUCAAACAAUCCAAAGUCGUGCGCUACUCUGGCUCCACAGCGAAACAAACCAUUCAAUUUGAUGAUCAAGGCAGUGCUCUCUAUUCAUAUUUUGAUUACAUUAUAUACAUAUGUGAGAACAGGAACCUGGAUAUCUGUGUGGCUGACUAUGGCGGUAGAGUAGUGGUGGUGGUCAAUCAGUCGGGGAAACUCAGAUUUAGAUACAAUGGUCAUCCCUCUAAUAUCAAGCAAUCAUUUGAUCCACGCGGCAUCACUACAGACAGCCAAAGUCACAUCCUGAUAGCAGAUUAUUGGAAUGACCGUAUCCACAUCCUAGAUCAGGACGGACAGUUCCUCCGUUACAUUAAGUGUGAUUUACGCGCUCCAUGGGGUUUAUGUGUGGACAUCAGCGACAACCUUUUUGUGGCUGAAGAGUUCACUGCUAAAGUGAAGAAAAUCCAAUAUCUAUAAAGACAGUGUUAAUUACACAGUUAUACACAGUGUUAACUACGUCUAUCAAAACGGUGUUAAUUACACAUAUCUGCAGUGUUGAUUACAUCUACUUGACAGCUACCGCUCUGUGUGCAUUACAGUCCUAUGUUGAUUACAGUUCCUUGUUGAUUACAGCCUGUGUUAAUCACAGCCCUGUGCUAAUUACAGCUCUGUGUUGUUGAUUUGUAACAUGUACUUGCGUUUGUGAGUUUAACUGAUAUAACAUCAGUCUCUCACUACAGUUUAUUAAUUAUAUCUUACAAUAUCUGUAUCA